GUGAAGGUGGCUCCGUUUCUCGCAGCUCCCGAGCAAGCGCCCCGCCGCGCCGCGCCGUUACACGCCGCCUCCCAGCCGCGCCGCCGCUCCGCCGUACGUGGCCGCGCAUCGCCCCGCGCCCGCCGCACGCCCCAACCAGCGCGAAGGGCUGCCCCCGGCGCCGCCACGCGGCAGCCCGAACCCGGCAUCAAGACAGGAUGGGAAAGUGGUGGUGGGAACACCCACCGCCGCCGCCCCCCGACCUCUGGACGCUCGAGGGCUGGUUCAUCGUCUUCUUAGCUUAUGUGGUCAUCCCCGGCUUCUUCUACGGCCUCUACCGGGGGAUAAAGGCGGUAAUCAUGGUAGAGGCCACCUUACGACGCGAGCGCAUCCGCAAGGAGCUCGAGCGCGAGGCUGGGAGUUCGCCCAAGCGCACUACGAAAGGCAAGCGCCGCGCGUCGACGGUCGAGAAGUUGCUGGGGCAGGACGAGAUGACGCGCCUCCAGACGGCCUUUGCGUGGGGCCCGGCUGCGGCCUUCUGGUGGACCGCACGUAGAACAAUCGUGGAGACGGACCUGUGCGCGCCGGGCGCCUUCUUCUUCGCCGUGUUCCCGCCCUACUGCGGCUGGGCGCGGUCCACGCAGACGCUCUUCCUCACGUCCUUCUUCGCCGUUACGAUCACGCUGAUUGGCUACACGUCCGUGAAAUUUGCCGAGUGCUUGGAGUUUAUGUAUGAGAAGUCGUACGGUCUUCAUCGCCUCUGGUCGCACUUCCAGCGCCUCGUGCACCGCCAGCGGCCGGCGUUGAUGUGUGUGUGCGUAUUGCUGGGCAACAUUGGGGCGCAUCGAUUUCCACUUUUACCCGCGGAAACGUAUUGUGGACACGGUUCUACGUUCCUGCACACGCGCCUCUGCCGGUCGUCGACGGUGUGGUGCGCGCUGCCCGCGGGUCAUUUGUUGUGGGGGUCCCACCUGCGGUUCAGCUGCGCGAACGGGGGCAGCGCCAACACGUGGCACUGUCUCAGUUUAUUGCUCGGGACGCUCAAGUACUCGCUGAUCUUGCAGGCCGCCGCGGCUUGGUGUGAGGCGGCGCUCUACGCGUCGGAGGACGUGUCCCGGCGCCGCGCGAAGCGCAAGGCCCAACGCAUCACGGCGGAGCGGACCCUGGACUGCCGCGUCGACGGCGCGGUCGUCGCCAAAGCUUCUGGCGCGGAGGUCGUCGUGCGCGCGGCCGGCGACGGCUGCCACGUCUCCAUCACGGGGACCGCGGCCCAGGUCGCCGCGGCCAAGAAGUUGGUCCAGGAGGCGUGCGCCGCGGCCCCGGAAUCAGAGUCGGAGCCCGAAGAGGAGUCGGAGUCGGAGUCCGAGUCGGAGGAGCGGGCCGCGGCCAAGCUUCGAGGGUUAGUGGAGGUCUACGCGAAUUUUCCGGACCGACCGCUGUCGGCCGCGGACGCCGACGAGUUGAAUCGAUUACGAGACAAGACCUGCGGGAGUGAAGGUGCUGCUAAAGAUAGACAAGCGGCCAAACGGCUCCUGAGGAAGCGCUCCGAGGCGGCCCAGCCGGAGGCACCGGAGCCGACCUCGGAGCCGGAGCCGGAGCCUGAGCCGGAGCCGGAGCCGGAGCCGGCCCAGGUGCCGCAAGGGCCAUCGGCGGCCGAACUGCGAGCCGAGCGGUUACGCGUCGCGCGGGAGCGCCAAGACGCUCUCCGCAAGCAGACGUCCGUUGAGGAGUCGAAAUGCGAGGAGGAGGAGGAGCCCAUCGCGCGCGAAGGCUACGAGACGGUGGCACGGAUUCUCGCGGCCGUCGGCGAGACGCGACUCCUCCCGCUCUUCGAGGCGCAGGAGAUUGAUGAUGUUGUGCUGCCGUCGCUCAAGCCCACGGACCUCGUGGACCUCGGCGUCUCGCCCGGGGCCUGCCUCGCGAUCCUGGGCCCGUCGGCCGGCAAGGCGAAGAAGAUCGAGGCGUCGGCCGAGGCGAUCCUGCACGACGUCGCGACGCACCAGAGCGUGCUGGAGGACGAGCUCCGCCACCACCGCGCCGAAAUUGAGCGGCUGCGCAUUUCUAGGGACGAGCUGCCCGAGGACCUGUGCUGCCCGAUCACGUGCGAGCUCAUGAAGGACCCGGUGAUCACGGCGGACGGGACGACGUUCGAGCGCUGCGCCAUAAAGGAGUGGUUUGAAACCGGCGCGCGGACGUCGCCGACGACGAACGAGCCGCUCGAGAACCUCACGCUCAUACCCAAUCACGUGUGCAAGCGACUCAUCACCGCGCUCCUCGAAGAACGCGGGGGUGUGUCCGCUUAGCUCCCCUACUUGCUGCUCCCCUGCUACUAAGAUGUAUACUAGUA